AUGGUAGCCUAUAUCCAUAAUGCUAAGGCAACCCUAUUAUCAGAUGAUGCUAUCAAAAAAAUUAGAGAAUCCAGAGGUAAGAUACCCAAUGCAUCAAAAAAAAUGGCUGAUAAAUUCCAUAUCGAACCUAAACAUGUUUACGAAAUAUGGGAUAAUAAAGAAUGCCUCCAGCAAGAGGCCAUUCUAUCUCAGUUUGUUUUGGAUGAAAAUUUCAAGACUGAUAAGUCAAAACAGAAUCUUGAAGUGGUACCACUAGUACCAUCUAUGUCCACUCCAACUAUGAAGAUUCCAAAAAAGAAUGGUCAAAAAAAGAAGAAUUAG